AUGAACUCAGCUAGAUUUCCUAUUCUUGCUGAAAUGGCUCGUGAUGUAUUAGCUGUACCAGUUUCAAGUGUAGCAUCUGAAUCUGCAUUUAGUACGGGAGGACGUCUUCUUGAUUCAUUUAGGAGUUCAUUGACUCCUAAUUUAGUGCAAGCUCUAGUGUGUCUUCAAGAUUGGCUUCGAAGUGAAAAAUUACAACAAUCUGUUAGCGUUGAGGAAGAUCUUGAUAAUCUCGAACAGCUUGAACAAGAUUUAGCCAGUGCUGGAAAAUAUCCUACGCCUACAUUUUAUACGUUGUUCUUUUUAGGAAAUUUUUUAGCUCUAGUUGAAUGGGAUAAUGCAUAUCCAAGACAUGCAGCUAUGGCAAUUGCCCAAGUCGUGAUGGCCUUUGGUCAUUUCUUCUUUGCCAUGGGUUGCCCUAGAGCUAUGUACAUUGGUACUCUUUUGGUUGGACUUGGUUAUGAAGCUCAUUGGGCGAUUGUGCCAGCUGCUGCUUCUGAAUUGUUUGGCUUAAAGAAUUUUGGGGCUUUGUACAAUUUCCUCACUAUUGCCAACCCAGCUGGUUCAUUAGUAUUCUCAAGUCUUGUUGCUAGUAGUAUAUAUGACAUGGAAGCUGAGAAGCAAGCUCAAAAGCCACAUGAAGGACAGUUGAAUUUGGAGUCAGUUUUGACAAGUUUUUUUACACAUGGAUGA